AUGAAUGAUGACCAAGAAUCCGAUCUUAAACUCGAUCAAUCGGUUACUAGCAAUGGAUUGUUUACCGUUAUAGAACGGAAACCUCUUUCAUCAUUAGAAAAUAACGAAAGUUUUAAUGGAAAUAAUUAUGGUGACCCUCUAAGCAAUUCAAUAGAGGGUUUAUUAAAAAAGAAAGAAGUAGAAAAUAAUUCAUAUAAUGAUAAUAUUUGUGAAAUAUAUAGAUUAAAUAGUUCUCAAUUUUUAAACGAUAAUUGUGAAAAUACAAUUAGUAGAAUAAGUUAUGUAGAUGAUGAUGUAUCAUCAUUUUAUGAUUCUGAAAAAGAAAAUGAACUUUAUUUUGAUAAUGAUAUAUCUACUUUAGGAUCAUGUUAUUCUGCUUCUAGCCCAUUCAAAUCAAGGAAUAAAAAAAGCAGAAAUAGUUAUGUAAGAAACACAAGACACAGUAAUAGUUAUGAUAAUACAUAUAAUUUAUAUAAGGAAAAAGAUUCUAAAAAUAAUGAUUAUGAAGAAGAUGAUGAUGAUGAUAAAAAUAACAAAUAUAGACGAAAAAAAGAUAGAGAUUACAUUUUAAAUUAUUAUAAAAAAGAUGAAAAAGAUGAAAGACAUACAUAUAAUGAUCGAUUAAAUGAUAACAGAUUUAAUGAAGAAUUAAUAGAUUCCAAAAAUAAUAAUGAUGAAAAAGCAAUUCGAAUAAAUAAAAAUAUAUAUAGAAUUGUUAAUUUAAAUAAAACAGAUAGUAUUAAUAAAGAAAAUUUUAUAAAAAGAAUAACAAAAAUAAGAAAAAGUAUGAUUAGAAAUACGGGAUAUGAUGAUAAUAAAAUUAAACGAAGAGAAAACGGAAAUUCUAACAACCCUGAUUCAAAAGAGUUAAAAGAGUUAGACGAAUUAAAAGAUGUAGAUGAAAAUGAUUAUAUAAAGGGUUUGUCUAAAAUUUAUUUUAAUAAUGAGUCAGGAAAUUAUGCAAAUCAUGCAAAUCAUGCAAAUUAUAAUAGAUUUAGUGAAGGCCAUUUUUUAAAAAAAUAUAAAAAUAUUUCUCGAUAUAAUAGUGAUAAACGAGUUGGAUAUAAAGAAUCUGAUAGAGAUCGAGAACAUUUUAUUUAUUCUAAUAAUGAUAGAAAUUGUGAAGAUUUUGAAAAUGAUUCGGAUCAUAACUAUCUUAAUUCAGAAUAUAAAAAUAAAAAUAAAAAUAAAUUUUAUAAUCAUCCACACAAUAAUAAUGAACAAAAUGGACAAAAUGGGCAAAACGAACAAAAUAAUGAUUAUAAUAAAUAUAUAUAUCAUGAAUACAAUAAUCGAGGUAAUGAUAUAAAUGAAAAUAUACAAUAUGAUAAAAAUAUUAACAGAAAUAUUUAUAGAAAAAAUGUAUUACCACAAAAAUGUGAAAAAUAUGAAAAAUAUGGACAGUACGAAAGAUAUGACGAACCUGACCAUUAUGCAGGUGCCAAAAUAAAACACUACAAUAAAAAUAGUCCAAGUAUAAAUGGAAAUGAUUGUAAGGAUAGUUAUAUGUAUAGAGAUGAAAAGUAUAGAGAUGAAAAUGGUAGAGAUGAAAAUGGUAGAGGUGAAAAUGGUAGAGGUGAAAAUGGUAGAGAUGAAAAGAGUAGAUAUAAAAAGGGAAGCCAUAUUGAAUAUGGGGGAGAAAAGUAUGGAAGUGGAGGUGAUAAAAUUUAUUUUAAUAGAAACAGUAAAGAAUAUUAUUAUAUAAAUGAAAGAGAAAAUGAUUCGUAUAGAUAUGAAAGAGGUAAUAAAAAUUAUGAUGAAUAUAAAAAUAAUUAUUAUAAAAAUUAUUCUAAUCAUAAUUCCAAAAAAAUGUAUAAUAAUAUGGAAUAUGAAUAUGAUGAAAAUGAAAAUGAAAAUGAAAAUAUGUAUGAAAGAGGAACACGAGGAAAGAGAUUCGAUUAUGAUCAAAACAAUAAUAUCGAAGAUGGUAACUAUAAUCAACAAUUUCGAACAAGUUUAAAAAGCAAGGAAUGUAAUGAUAAUAUGUAUAGAAACAAUAGUUACAAUAAUGAGAACGAUCAAAAUGAUCCAAGUGAAUUUUAUUAUCAUAAUCGAAAUUCAGAAAUGGAACAUGGAAAUAAUUUAUAUAAAGACAAUAUACAUAAUUAUCAGUAUGAUGAUAAAAUUAUAAAUGAAAACAAAAGAAUCGAUAAUAAUGAUGAUAAUAUUUGUAGUGACAUGGAAAAAGGAUAUAGAUAUUCGAACGAUAAUAAAAUGAAAGAAGAAAAACAAGCUCCAUCAUUUUUUAAUAAUUCCUAUAAUUUAAAUGAUAAGACACAAUUAAAUAAUGAAAAUCAACAAAAUGGCCACCCACCGAAUAAUAUAAGUCAACAAAAUGGAGAUGUUAUUUCUACUAUACCUUUGCCAACUGCUCAUUUAUCAACGACCCCUUUGCCAACGACCCCUUUGCCAACGACCCCUUUGCCAACUGCCCCUUUGUCAACGACACCUUUACCAACUGUUCCCAUGUCUAUUCCAACUAUCCCCACUGUUGGGUCGGUUCCACUCGCUACCAUUCCAGUACAGGGUGCAGUACAGGGUGUAGUACCGAGUGUAGUACCGGGUGUAGUACCUGGUGUAGUACCUGGUGCAGUACCGAGUGUAGUACCGAGUGCAAUACCAAGUGUAGUACCGAGUGCAGUACCUGGUGCAGUACCUAGUGCAGUACCUAGUGCAGUACCUAGUGCAGUACCUGGUGCAGUAGCGAUGCAGGGAAUUCCAUUGUCUAGUCAAUUGCCGAUAAAUAGUGGUCUUUCAAUACCUGGGCAAAUUCCUAUAAACCCAACGGAGAUUCAAAGUGGAGACCAACAAUCUCAGCUUAGUCAAGUAAAUCCUGAACAACCAGUAAAACGAAAAAGAGGACGUCCAAAAUUAAAAAAAACACCUGAUGAAGUACAACAAAAUGAAAAUCAAAACAAUAUAACAUCUUAUCAAAUGGGAAAUAUAAAUAAUGCAAACAACAAUUUAAUUAAUGAUAUGAAACAUCCUAUGUAUGUAACAACUUGCAAUAAUAAUAAUAAUACUGCUACUACAAAUAAUAAUAAUAAUAAUUUAAAUCCAGUUAUAAAUACAGGAUAUAAUAAUCAUCUUGGACAUACGAUAACUAACCAUUUAACUAUUCCUAUAGAACAACAAAUACAACAAGCAGUUCUAAACCAAACCCAACAAGCAGUCCUAAAUCAAACCCAACAAGCAGUCAUAAAUCAAACACAUAGUCAAUUAUUAAAUUAUCAAAUAAAUAAUUCUGGGCAUCCAUUAAGUGGGCAAAUACCAGAAUCAAUAGCUCAUCAAUUAAGUCAACCAAUUGGGCCAUCAUUAGUUCAUCCAUUAGUUUCACAAAUAGAUCAACAUACAAAUAACCAAAUAAAUAAUAAUAUGAAUCAGCAAGUAUCACAUCCUCUUAUACAACCUAUUAAUCACACAAUGAAUAUGAAUGUAAAUCAAAAAUAUAAUCAUCAUAUGUAUGGAAAUAGUAAUAUUAGCAAUCCGAUGAAUCAUGGAAUGUAUAUGUUACCAAAUAUUGUAAAUAAUAACAGUUUAAAUAAUAACAGUUUAAAUAAUAACAAUCUAAAUAAUAACAGUUUUAAUCAUAAUAAUAAUUAUAACAUGAAUGAAGAUCAAAUUGGACAAAUGUAUAACAACAGUUUUGAUAAAGAAAAUGGAAAUAUUUUAGAUCCUAAUAUGUAUUAUAGAAAUUUAGAACAAAAUAAACAAAAUAAUGAUCAUAAUUUGUGUGAAGAAGAUAGAGAUGAAAAUGAAUUUGCAAAAAAUAAUAUAAAAUAUGCUCGAUCAACAGUUAGCGAAUCUGAUGAUAAACAUUCUGAUAAAGAAAAUAAAAAGAUUCACAAAAGACGUGGAAGACCAAGAAAAUCAGAUGUAGAAUCUCAAGAGGAUUAUAAAAAUGGAAAAAAUAAUUUUGGUGAUGAAUAUAAUAAUAAGACUGAUCGAAAUAAUGAUAAUGCACAAACUGAAUCUCGAGAAGAAUCUGGCUAUUCAACUUUUGUUGAUGAAAAUAAUAAAACUAUUUCUUAUCGCGUGGCUUACCAUCCAGCAGAUGCUGUGUGGGAGAAAAUUUCCGGAGUCAAGUUCGGUCCAAUGAUAUUAACAUCACAGAGCAGAACAACAAAUGUCAUUUUAUCCAAAAAACGGUCAAUUGAAUUGGGAAACAUUUUGCAUAACCUUAUAUAUGGAUACAUAUACAAAGGUGACAAUGUGAGACUAACAAUAGGAAAAGAAUCAAAAAACGUUCAAAGUGGAUCUUCAUUUUUUUUACCUAGUUAUAAUGAUUGUAGUAUUCACAAUGAUGACGAAAUGGGAUCCGCCAAAAUCUUUUUAUGUUUUGUCUAUCUAAAUUAA